AUGACGACAGCCCCCGAUGACGGCAGCUCUUCGCGUGCCCUGUUGACUUCCGCAAAGCAACUGGUGGCCGGGGGCGUCGGUGGAGUGUGCCUGGUGCUGGCCGGCCAUCCAAUGGACACCAUCAAGGUGCGCAUUCAGACGAUGCCCACUCCGGUGGCGGGAGAGCGGCCCCAGUUUAGGGGCACCUUCGACUGCGUCAGCAAAACCUUCCGCAAUGAGGGCAUCCGGGGCUUCUACCGCGGCAUGUUCGCGCCCCUCAUCGCCGCCACGCCCAUCAAUGCCGUGUGCUUCUUCGGCUACGGCCUGGGAGUGCGCCUGCAGACGCACGGCUCGCCCACCGACGUGGACCGCCUGUCGUACGAGCAGCUGUACAAGGCGGGCAUGCUCUCCGGCUUCUGUACGGCACUGAUUAACGCCCCCGUGGAGCGAAUCAAGUGCCUGCUGCAGAUCGAGCAGGGCUCCGCCAGCAAGGCCAAGUACAAGAGCUUCUGGGACUGCACCACUAAGGUCUACCUCAACGGGGGCAUCCGCUCCAGCUACCGAGGACUGCUGGCCACCUUUCUCCGGGAUAUUCCCUCCUCGGGGGCGUACUUUGCCGGCUACGAGUACCUGAAGAAGCACGGUCGGCAGUUCUUCUUCACGGAGAACACCACCGCCAUCACCCUCAUGGCGGGAGGCUUUGCCGGCAUCUUCUACUGGAGCAUUGGAAUACCAGCCGACGUCAUCAAGAGCAAGAUUCAAACAGCUCCCGAUGGAAAGUACUCCCACGGCUACCGGUCUGUGAUCACGUCAGUACUGCAGAAGCAGGGCAUCACUGGAUUCUAUCGAGGCGCCAUACCAGUUUUUAUUCGAGCUUUCCCAGCCAAUGCUGCCUGUUUUGUUGGCUACGAGACAACCAUGAAACUACUGGACAUUGUGAUUUGA